AUGUCAUCUAUCCAAAGAUACGCCCUCCGUCAGCGGAGAUUCGCACCCCUCGAUCCAGCACGGAGAGAGUCAUCCAGUGCCCCGCCGUUGAAGGGAAUUGUGUUUGAUGUUGAUGGGACUUUAUGCUUGCCACAACAUCACAUGUUUGUUAAGAUGCGAAAUGCAAUCGGGAUCGACAAGAAUGUCGAUAUUCUACACCAUAUCCAACGUCUCGCAACUCCCGAGGAACGUCUGGCUGCUGUCGAAAAGAUCAAAGCUGUCGAGCGAGAGGCAAUGCUCACUCAGGAGCCCCAGCCAGGACUCGUCGACCUGAUGGAUUACCUUCACGGCCGUGGGCUGAAGAGAGCCCUCUGUACGCGGAAUAUCGAAGCACCCGUCUUGCAUCUGCUUGAAAAAUAUAUCCCCACUCAUGAAUUUCUUCCUAUUGUCACCCGAGAAACUCCUAAUCUGCUUCCCAAGCCAGACCCAGCUGGUAUCUUGCAUAUCGCAAGCGAAUGGGGUCUCGACAAUCGUGGCGACAGCCUCAUCAUGGUUGGUGACAGCUUGGAUGACAUCACGGCUGGCCACAUGGCCGGUGCUGCUACCGUAUUGCUCUUGAAUGACCGCAAUGGUCACCUGAAGGACCAUGCACAUACAGACAUUUGCAUCGAGCGUCUAGACGAUCUAAUCAAAAUCCUCGAUGAAGGUUUCGUGGGACAUCGAGACGAAGUUAAACCCCCUACCAGUGAACAGCAAGGAUAA